CACACACAGCAAACAAAAAACAACUCACACUCUUUGACUCUUCGCAGUUUCAAUUCAAUUUCCUUCUCUGUCAAUCAACUACUACUUCCACUUGUCUCCGGCGAAUUCCAUGGGCAAUUGCUUCUCCGGCCCCGGCGCCGGCCACUUAGCCGUCGGCGGUACUUCUGCUGUCCCCGAUACUCGUGGCGCUAACGAGGCUGUUGACAAUUUCUUCAAAUCUCGUGGCUAUCAAGGCCUCUUUUAUCAGAUCGAGCUAUCUUUAUCUGCUUCGAACUUGCGUGACAGGGAUGUGCUUUCCAAGAGUGAUCCCAUGGCAGUUGUAUAUACCAAAGGAAAGGAUGGUUCGUUGCAGGAGCUUGGCCGCACAGAAGUUGUUAUGAAUUCAUUAAAUCCUCAGUGGAUUACGAAAGUAAAAGUUGCUUACUUUUUUGAGACAGUUCAGACACUAGUGUUUCGUGUGUAUGAUGUUGAUACUCAAUUGCAUGGCCCAGAACUGAAGGCACUUAAGCUGGAUGAUCAGCAAUAUUUAGGCGAGUGUACUUGUAAGCUGUCUCAGAUAGUCGCUGAUCCAAAGCGCUUAUGGACCACAAAUCUCGUGAGGAUUGCAGAUUCUACAGAGGCAAGUGGUCUAAAAAAACUUGGACAGCUCACUGUUCAUGCUGAAGUAGAAAUUGUCUCCAAGACUGCAGCAGAGUUAACAUUUAGGUGUUCAGAUUUAGAUAAUAAAGAUUUUUUCUCCAAAAGUGACCCUUUUCUGCUAAUUUCAAAAGUUGUAGAGAGUGGGGCUACUGUUCCAAUUUGCAGAACGGAGGUUUUGAAAAACAAUCUAAAACCUGAGUGGAAACCAAUAGUUUUAAACCUUUCACAAGUUGGUAGCAAGGAUAGCCCUCUGAUUAUUGAGUGCUUUAAUUUUAAUAGCAGUGGAAAGCAUGAUUUGCUUGGAAAAGUUCAAAAGUCACUUGCCGAGUUAGAAAAUUUAUCUUCUAUUAGGCAGGGAGAGAACUUUUUCAAACCCAUUAUUGUUGGGAAAGACCAUCAAACAAAGAUAUUGAAGAGUCAACUUUUUGUGGAAAAGUAUUCUGAAAGUGUUCAUCAUACCUUCCUGGACUAUUUCUUUGGUGGAUGUGAGUUGAACUUCAUGGUAGCCAUAGAUUUUACAGCUUCAAAUGGAAAUCCCCGGCUGCCGGAUUCGUUACAUUAUAUUGACUAUUCUGGACGUCCAAAUGCAUAUCAGAAAGCAAUACAAGAGGUCGGAGAGGUACUGCAGUUUUAUGAUCAUGACAAGCAGUUUCCUGCAUGGGGAUUUGGAGCACGGCCGAUUGAUGGUCCUGUCAAUCAUUGUUUCAAUCUAAAUGGAAGUAGCGGCUACAACCCAACGGUUGCAGGGAUUGAAGGGAUUAUGACAGCAUACCAAAGUGCCCUUUCUAAUGUUUCACUUGCAGGUCCAACCCUAUUUGGACCUGUAAUUACAGCUGCAGCAAAUAUAGCCAGCCAUUCAGUGGCAGCCAAUGAACACAAGUAUUUUGUUCUAUUGAUCAUCACGGAUGGAGUGAUAACUGAUUUGCAAGAAACAAUGGAUGCCCUUGUGAAGGCAUCGGAUCUGCCACUGUCAAUCCUCAUUGUUGGUGUUGGUGGAGCCGACUUCAAGGAGAUGGAGAUUUUGGAUGCCGAUAAAGGCGUGAAACUUCAAAGUUCAACUGGACGUGUUGCAUCACGUGAUAUUGUCCAGUUUGUUCCAUUUAGGGAUGUACAAGGUGGAGAAAUGUCAGUUGUUCAAUCGCUUUUGGCAGAACUACCUUCACAAUUCUUAACCUACAUGAGAAACAAUGGCAUUCAACCAAAAACGAAUUUAGCAACAACAUAGUAAAACUAACUCCUCUUCGUAUUUUUGUACAAUCUUCUCUCACUAUCACAUUCCAUGGUGCCAAAUGGGACCAUGUGUCUUUCCUUUUAUGUCUUAAUCUUGUAUCACCGUGAUCUAAACAUGUUUUGCGGGCCCAUGAUAAAUAUGCCACCAAAUCCAAGCAGAUCAUGGUUAUACAAAUGGCGACAUGGAAAAAUGUUGGUGCAUCUGCAAUUCAUUAACCCCAAACACAAUUUUAAGCCAUAGGUGGUUGACCAUGUGCUUUUGUGAAUCUGUUUCGGGCACUUGCAAGAGAGGAAACCAUUUGAUAUACUUUUGGCAAUUUGGCGUGAUUUUCUGGUGGUUUUUGUUUUCUUAAAUACACACAAGUUAUUAGUAUUUUGUAAGUGUGGAUAUUUGAAUAUAAUUCCUAUUCUCUAGGUUGAGAUUCACGUUUUGAAGCUCACAACAAGAGACUUUGAAUAUAAUGAUUGUGUUUCUGUU